AUGGACGCCACGCAUCAUCACUCCCUCCCACCAAACCUACUGGUACCGUCUGCUACCACUUGUUCGCUUCUCAAACUGCGGUUUUUUAUUCUCCUCUGUUCUUCCUUGGGUCUGCUUCAAAACAAACCCGAGUCGCCAUCAUCGAUUCACUGUUCUAUUUGUUUAAUUGGGUGGCAGAAACAGAGGGAGAUGGUGAUGAUGAGAAGGGUAGCUAUGGUGUUGUCAAUGGUGAUUUUUGGAUGGGUGUAUCAAAUCACUCACCCUCCACCACCCAAGAUCUGCGGCAGCCCGGGUGGUCCUCCGGUCACCGGACCCAGAAUCAAGCUCAGGGACGGCAGGCAUUUGGCCUACACAGAAUACGGCUUGCCCAAAGAUGUUGCGAAAUUCAAGCUCAUCUUCAUCCAUGGCUUCACCUCUUGUCGCUACGACCGAGUCGUUACCUUCCCGCCGGAAGUUUACCAGGAGUUGGGGGUGCAUAUUGUGUCUUUCGACAGGCCCGGUUACGGAGAGAGCGAUCCCGAUCCCAAUCGAACCCCGGAGAGCUUGGCCAUGGAUGUGGAGGAGCUUGCUGAUCAGUUGGGGCUCGGUUCCAAGUUCUAUGUGCUUGGGUUCUCCAUGGGCGGCCAGGCUGUUUGGGGCUGCAUCAAAUACAUCCCUCACAGGCUAGCAGGAGCCGGAAUGAUCGCUCCCGUGGUGAACUACUGGUGGCCUGGCUUCCCAUCCAAUUUAUCUACAGAAGCAUACUACUUCCAGCUGCCACAGGAUCAAUGGACACUAAGGGUCGCCCAUUACGCUCCAUGGCUAACCUACUGGUGGAACACCCAGAAUUGGUUCCCUGCUUCGGCUGUUGCGGCCGGACGCGCUGAAGUUUUCUCCAGCCAGGACCUGGAAAUAAUAGCAAACGAGGAGAUAAGUGACGAGCUGAGGGCAUAUCCAAUGCAGCAGGGAAAUUUCGAAUCUUUACACAGAGACAUGAUGGUGGGAUUCGGGAGGUGGGAGUUUGACCCCAUGGACAUGGAGAUCAAUCCCAUACCGGACGGCGGAGGCUCUGUUCAUCUGUGGCACGGCGAGGAGGACCAAAUGGUUCCGGUGACAUUGCAGCGCUACAUUGCCAAGAAGCUGCUGUGGGUGAAGUACCAUGAGUUCCCUGGCAAAGGGCACAUGUUCCCUCUCAUCCCUGAGAUCAGUCAGUCCAUGAUUAAGGCUUUGUUAUACGAUGAGAAAUGA